AUGUUGUUCCACCGGGCCGACCACGCGGUGCGACUGCUCGCCCUGGACAGCGGCGGUGCUGCUGCCGCGCACCUCUCGUUCGCCCAGGACGACAAGACGGACAGUGAGGACUACCGCCUGCUGGGCUCGCCGUCCAGGACGACGCCGUCCGACGUGCUGCUGCUAGGCUCGCCGCCGACGCCCACGUUGUCGCCCCCGCCGCCGCCGACUGCAGCCCCCGCCGCCGCCCCCGCGAGGGUCAAGCGAGAGCCGUCAGCAUGUACGGCAGACAUGGUGCGCGACACCGGCCACUACAGUGCGGCGUGCUUCGGCUGCGAAGACGGAGAAGACAUCAACAACAAUAACAAUCAACCCAGCAGUCACAACCGAAACAAUUUGCGCCCUGACGCCUCCACCAAGGACCUGAGCGGCUCCAACGAUUUGUCGUGUGUCUCCGCCGGUUCCAUACCGUUCACCGUCUCUUCAAGUAUGCUGCUCCUGCAGACACAGUCGUCCUUCGGCUCGAGCAGUUUCGCAGACCUCCUCUCGGCGCCCUACGCCGAGGACCCCGCCGGCGGGCUGCCCGAGGAACUGGACCCGUUCCCCGACGUGUUCGCCUCGGCCGCGCAGAGCCAGGCCGGACAGGGCCCCGGCCACCUGGACCACCAGCAACACCAGCACCACCACGGCGACGACUCGUGCGCGCCCCUGCCCAGCUUCCAGACCUUCGCGGGCGUGCCCGCCGUGGCGGACUCGUACUCCGGGAGGCUGUACACGGGCCGGACGUCCGCCACCUGCUCGCCGUCGCCGUCCUCGGACCUGAGCCAGCUGGACUUCAAGAUGGAGGCCGAGGACUGCUACUCCGUGCCGUCCUAUCACCACCCCCAGCCGCAGGCCCACCCCCACCCCCAGCAGCAGCAACAGCAGCAGCAGCAGCACUACGAGUCGUGGCAGCUCCACCAGCAGCACUACGGCCUGUACUACCAGCCCAGCGCCGCGCCCCAGCCCGCCGCGCAACACCCGCAGACGCACCCCCAGCCGCACCCGCAGUCGUACGAGCAGCCAGGCCCGCUGGGGGCGCCCAGCUCACUGCCCAGCACCCUGCCCAGCGCGCUGCCCAGCUCGAGUCCCCACAUGGACACGUACUCGCUGCCACCCUUCCCCAGCGUGGCCACCACGGCGCUCACCCCCCGGCAAAGGCGGGCCUCCCUGCCGCUGCAGCGCUCCGACUCCACCGGGUCCUGUGAGUCCCCCAAGCUCCGGCUCGGCCUCGGCUCCGGCCCCGCGCCCUCCGCCACGUCCUCGGCGUCGUCCUCGCCCGGCUGCGAGGGCCACGCGCUGUCCCACCACGGAGUGCCCCACCAGGUGCGGCCCGCGAACCCCGCUGGUCCGGGGGCAGGGUCGGCCCAGGGCGGCCCCCAGGGCGGCCCCGGCCAGACGCCGCACUCGCCGUCCACGCUGUGCGCGGUGUGCGGGGACACGGCGGCGUGCCAGCACUACGGCGUGCGGACGUGCGAGGGCUGCAAGGGCUUCUUCAAGCGCACCGUCCAGAAGGGCUCCAAGUACGUGUGCCUGGCGGACAAGGCCUGCCCCGUGGACAAGCGGCGGCGGAACCGGUGCCAGUUCUGCCGCUUCCAGAAGUGCCUCGCCGUCGGCAUGGUGAAAGAGGUGGUGCGGACCGACUCGCUGAAGGGCCGACGCGGUCGCCUGCCCUCCAAGCCCAAGUCCCCCCAGGAGUCGCCGCCCAGCCCGCCCGUCUCCCUCAUCACGGCGCUCGUCCGGGCGCACGUGGACACGACGCCGGACCUCGCCAACCUCGACUACUCGCAGGUGACGUCGCCGUUCCAGUACCAGAGCGCGGGCCCCACCCCGGCCGACGAGCUGGUGUCCGAGGCCGAGAAGAUCCAGCAGUUCUACCGGCUGCUCACCACCUGCGUGGACGUGAUACGGCACUUCGCCGAGAAGAUCCCCGGCUUCGGCGACCUCUGUCGGGAGGACCAGGACCUCCUGUUCCAGUCCGCGUCCCUGGAGCUGUUCGUCCUCCGCCUGGCGUACCGAACCCGGGCCGAGGACACCAAACUGACGUUCUGCAACGGCGUGGUGCUGGACAAGCAGCAGUGCCACCGCAGCUUCGGCGACUGGCUGCUGGCCAUCCUCGACUUCUGCCAAUCCCUGCACAACCUGGAGGUGGACAUCUCGGCCUUCGCCUGCCUGUGCGCGCUCACCCUCAUCACAGAACGCCACGGCCUGAAGGAGCCGCACAAGGUGGAGCAGCUGCAGAUGAAGAUCAUCAGCUCCCUCAAGGACCACGUGACGUACAACGCGGAGGCGCAGAAGAAGGACCACUACCUGUCCAGACUGCUGGGCAAGCUGCCCGAGCUGCGGUCGCUCAGCGUGCAGGGCCUGCAGCGCAUCUUCUACCUCAAGCUCGAGGACCUGGUGCCCGCGCCGCCCCUCAUCGAGAACAUGUUCGUGGCCAGCCUGCCCUUCUAGGCCCCGUUAGACUAACGUUACGCUUGGCCGCCGUCCGUCUCUAGAGACUUAGAACGACGAGUAAGUCGUUACUCUGCCGUUUCCCUUCUGAGGUGGUUCAAGUCGUAGCGCCCCUCCGCGCCCGUAGCAACUCGGAUCUCUCUCAUGCAGCGCUACUGUAAGACUUCCAUUUGACGUGUCUGUCGUUCCUCCUCCAAGCGCGUCCCGCCCUCCUCCGCCCCGCGGGUCGUUUCGCGGCGCUCACCGUCACAAUUCUGUUCAUUCAGUUCGUUACAAUCGCACAGCCUUGUCCGUUUCGCCCAAGUCCAGCCGAGCCGCACAAAAAUUUAAAGCAUCGGCGAGAACAGUGAGUCGCCUGCAAACGUCCCGCGGCGAGAGGGCCGGUCCGCUUCGGGUCAGGUUAGAAUGCUAGUGUACUUCUCGUUAGCCCGUUGUAGUUCAUCCGCCUCCCAGGUGGUGGCCCCCUAGGUGCUGCCGACAGUGCUCUUGCGGGGUCUGCAAAUUCUGUCACCGGAUUUUCUUCACCCCGGCCAAGGGCACCUCAGCCUCGAGUUUCCCUGUUUCCGGACAUGUGUCUCAUUUUUCUCGUAUUUGCUACUAACGCCACAAGGUGGCCGUAGUGUAGGCAUCGAAUCUUCACGCGGUAGCUUCUUGUCCGACCCCGUGCUUGCCCCAAGGCUUGGCCCAAGGCUUGGCCGACCGCGGCAGGAACGCCUGCACCGCGGUCAGCAUUCCCUCCCUUACUCCCCCACUCCCACCCCAAUAUUUUUUCUACGUUAUAUCCUUCAUUUCCCAGAUUGAGAUUGAGACUGCUAAGGUAAGAGUGGAACAGAUUGUGAUACCAAAUUGAAUGAAGCAUGCACAAGGAGAGGUUUUGUGGUCCUCGCACGGCGACGUGACGACGCGUGACGACGCGUGACGCACUGGCGUGACGACCCGUGACCGCGCGACGCCGCCGGAGGUAACACUUUCUUGGGUAUCGUUUCGUUUCCGUCUCCGGACACAACUUUGAACGAAAACCUGUGCACGAUCCCUUUGGCGAGUGCGGCUGGCCGGCCGGCGGUGCGGUGCGCAUGGGUGCUGUCGGAGGGACUGGGGGCACAGGGAUGCUCCCACUACACCGGACCGCACCGGUCGGUCGCACUCUCGUUGUUUUGAAGAAGUGACACUUUCUAUCCUCGGAGGUUCCCUAACUUUUUUUCACUUAAAAAUAAGUUACCGUACUUUUAAGCAUAAUGUUGUUUCUAGUAAAAUCGGUUUGAGUGUGAUUGUUUGAUGAGACUGAAGGGAUGCGAACGAACCCUUUACCGUGAACCCGCAGUGACCUAUUCACGUUGUGCCCGCCCUUCCCCUUCCUCGAUAACAGUGUUGUGUAAAUUAAGUAAGUUGUGAGCAAUCCAAAGUAAGUUAAGGGAGCGUUAACCCAACUUCAACAAAAAUGGCUCCUCGAAGCUAACAGUAAACAUUCUUACAUAAACUACAGUAUUUUUACAGCAUUAAAUAAAUUAAUGUUUCGUGGUUCGUUGUGUAUCCUUGAAGGAAAUGCGUAGCAUGUUGAACAGACGUCGGGAUUUUAACUUAUUGAUGUCUUCUUUAUCGUAAGACAGUGUUAUGUUUAAGUUUCCUUUUCAUCCUAAUACUCCACGGCCAUUGUCAUGGAAUGACCUGAAAUCUUCCUAUCUUCCGCGAUUUGUGUUCGCUAGAGGCUUCUUCUGUAGCUAUUUUAUACAAUUGAACCAGUUUAUACAUUGUAUUUUUAUAGUGGAAUCUAUUCAGUAGUUGUAAUAAUCUCACGAUGCAUACAUUAUCCUUUCCCCUGUAUUCUAUAACUGUGACAACUCACCCAAUUAGGCUUUUUGGAAAAAAAAAAAUAAUUAAGAUGUAAUAAUUUGAUUUUUGCACUUAGGCGCCAUCGUUGUGAGAGUAUUGCAUUGGCUACAACCUUUAUCACCCAAUGAAAACAAAAUUGUCUCAAUCGCGUCAGUCUCGGUAGAGUGUCGUGUGUGACAAGUCACGCGCGAUGUUUUCGUGAUGAUUCCGUUUUCCUUGGUUUCCAUGUAUCUUGGCCCUGUGGAUAAGCUUUUAAACAAACUGUAGACAUAUCACGAAAUUUCUGCAAUGAUCUAUCCAUGACAUUUACUUAUUUUGUGUUGUGCCUGUCUCCGGGAGUACAAAUUUUCUGCAGAAUUGAUGUUAUAUGAUCGGAUUGAAUUAUCUCUCUUCUUAUGUAGUCUGUCUUUAUGUUUUUAUGUUUGCAAAGAUUAGUCACUUCGUAAACGUCGUUGGUAAUUGUAUUAAUAUUUAUUUGAAUGCAGAAUAUAAACUUCUAGCAAAUUGUACCAUUUCCGAUUUUAAGUUUCUAAAAGUAUAAAAUGUCUUUCGUACCUGUUCCAAUAGAUGUAUUGGUUCUGCUGUGUUUAAUUAUUUUAAGAAUCGUUCGCUUUGUACAUAAUCUGUAUAAAGGUGCGGCGAAUGUUAUGACGAGGAAGCCUGGAGUGACGAUUUAUUGUCCUCGUAAUAUUCGUGUGGCAAACUUUCUUGUGAUUUGUGAUAUUUCCAAACUUGCGGAUAUGACUAUGUUUGACCCUGUUUGCAAUACCAAAGAUCUCUGCCUUCAUUUCACACAGUGUACUGUAUUGUGUGUUGUUGAAGAUAAAUGUGAGUUCUUAUCUUUACAUCUAGCCACUUUGUGAGGGGAAGAGACCUUUCCCAAUCGCCCCCUCUUUCUCUUUUUUAAAUAAAAACGAAGCAUGAAAAUGUAGAGAGUAAAUCUGUGUAUUAGUAUUCCUUGUGUACAGAAACUUAUGCUAACGCUGACUUCCCCAUCACUUUGUUUUGUAUAGUUUUGCUGUACUUGUGUGAAUUCUCCUGCACGUAUAUUUGUGACUCUUUGGACUCUUGUUAUACAAUAAAGAACUUUACAUCGCGUUA